AUGAGCGACGAAUUCGAUAUUUAUGGCGAUGAUACAUUUGAUCUUGGUAUUCAGUCAGAUGAUAUCUUGGGCGAAAUCGUUGGAGAGUCCACUACAAGAGAAGCAAAACGUCAAAAGCUGAACAAGGCAUCCAACGAUGAUGAUCUAUUUGAGGACUUUGGAGAAAUUGACAAGAAAGAGAAGAUGAAACGGACAUCACAUGAUCGCCAAAAUGACAGCUCACAACAACAACAACGACAUCCAUCAUCAGAUAGCAGCAGCAAUACUCCCAAGCAGACGACAUCUCAGCAACAACAGCAGCAACCCUUACAAAAGAUUCCCACCACCGUAUCCACACACACACAAAGUCCACGCAGCACAAGUGGCGAUUCACCAUCAUCAAGGCGAGCUGCUGCUGAACUACCACAAGCCAUGGCUUCUUUACGAGGCAUCGUGACACAUCCAACAACCGCUUUUUACCUUGGUGAACUUGCAUGGUAUGUCAAUGAUGAUGAAGUCAAGGCACCUCUCGUUCAGAAAGGAUUGGAUCCAGAGCUCAAAGAACUUACAUUUUUCGAACAAAAAGUCAAUGGGAAAUCACGAGGUAUCGUUUUUCUCGAGUUUAAGAGCGUUGAUGCAGCCGUCAAAGCAAAAGAGGCAAUGGACACCAAUGUCAUUGAUGGCAAAACGCCUGCGACGGCUUUUACUUCAUCCACGAAUCCAUUCAAGCAUAUUCCCAAAGAAACCUCGUCUAAAUCUCAACGAACACCAGAUACGCGAAUGAGUGGUGCAAAUACAAAUCGCAUGAUGGGCAAUGCAGCAGCAGCCGGUGGUGGAUUUAAUCCAAUGAUGCCGAAUUUCAAUCCUGCAGCGUUUGGUAAUAUGAACAUGAAUCCCUAUGGUGGCUUUAAUCCCAUGGCAGCAGCUGCAGCAGCACGUGGAGGAUUUAUGGGCAACUUUGAAAACAUGAUGAACAUGGCUGGCGUUGCCAGAGGAGGUCGUGGCGGCGGAGGUGGUAUGGCAGCAAUGCGCAAUCAACAAUUUAUGCAUCGAAUGGGACGUGGUGGUCCAAUGAUGGGUGGUGGUGGUGGUGCCAGUGGACCUGCUGGUAAUGGUGGCAUGUACAUCAACCCUGCCUUCUUUGAACAGCAACAGCAAGGAGGAGGAGGACCUGGUAAUGGAGGUGCCUAG